AUUUCCCCUUAGUUCAAUUAUUGUUGUGAAUUUUGGCUAAUUGGUAUAUCUCUUUCUCGUCCACGAAGAAGAGUUUAAUUGAUUUAGAAAGAAAGAAAAGCAUGGGUGUAGAUUACUACAAAAUUCUUCAAGUUGAUAGAACCGCUAAAGACGAUGAUCUAAAGAAAGCUUACAGAAAACUUGCUAUGAAAUGGCAUCCUGACAAAAACCCUAAUAACAAGAAAGAUGCUGAAGCUAAAUUCAAACAAAUCUCUGAAGCUUACGAUGUUUUAAGUGACCCGCAAAAGCGACAAAUAUACGAUCAAUUUGGGGAAGAAGGGUUGAAGGGGCAAGUACCACCACCAGGAUCUACUGGGUUUUCAGGUGGUUCAGAUGCUGGACCUGGAUUCACAUCAUUCCGAUUUAAUACUCGGAGCCCUGAUGAUAUUUUCUCUGAAUUUUUCGGGUUUUCAAGCCCAUUUGGUGAUAUGGGAGGAUCUAGGGGAGGUUCUGGUGUAGGGGGUUCAUCUGCUUUUGGAAGAGGACCUUUCUAUGGAGAUGAUAUUUUCUCUCAAUUCAGUCGUAGUGGCGGCGGCGGUGGUGGUUCUGAGGCUUCUUCUAUGCCGAGAAAGGGGGCUGCUAUUGAAAGACCAUUGCAUUGUAGUUUGGAGGAUUUGUAUAAAGGUACUACUAAGAAGAUGAAGAUUUCUAGGGAAGUUGAUGCUUCUGGGAGACCAGCCACAGUGGAGGAGAUCCUCGCUAUAGAUAUUAAACCAGGUUGGAAGAAGGGUACGAAAAUCACAUUUCCGGAAAAGGGGAACGAACAGCGGGGGGUUAUACCCUCGGACCUAGUCUUUAUCAUUGAUGAGAAGCCUCACAGUGUAUUUAAAAGAGAUGGUAAUGAUCUUGUUGUAACCCAGAAAGUCCCUCUUGUUGAAGCUCUAACAGGUUAUACUGCACAAAUCACUACACUUGAUGGACGUUCCUUAUCGAUACCUAUCAACGCGGUUAUUAGCCCUUCAUAUGAAGAGGUGGUUAAAGGAGAGGGAAUGCCCCUUCCCAAGGAUCCCUCUAAAAAAGGCAAUUUAAGAAUAAAAUUCAAUAUCAAGUUUCCAACAAAGCUUACUGCAGAGCAGAAGACCGGCCUCAAACGGUUGUUGUCUUCAUGAAUAAUGGACACGGAUCUUUGUGUAUGCCCUAUUUCUUCAUGCUGUUAUAUUUUCUGAAUUAAAUGCACAUUCCCUAGCAUGGCAACUUUUGGAAGCUCAAUCAUGGAUGGGAUUGUAUCUUCCCUCAUUUAUACGUAUGACCUUCGUUGUCAUAUCUCUUUCUGUUUUAUUGCUUUUUUUGCAGCAGCCUGUUUAAUAUCUUGUGUAUGGCUGGUUCCUCCGUCAAGUCUAACAUGUAAACCGUGUCUAGGUUAACUUGCUGACAUUACGUAAACACAACAGUAGCGUUAGCGAAGGAGAUUUGAUUCAGUGAGCGAUGUAGAGUUGAUGUAAGCUGACACACAUUGGUGCUUCAUGCUGUGUAUAUUUAGUGAUGAUGGUGUGUAUAAGAGUGCAUUUACCUUCUUUUGUGUGUUCACUUGUACCAGGUAUAUAAGCCAAAAUUGCUGGCUUAUUUUGAUUUCAUAUAAUUUGGGUUCAUUAUCCAAAA